CCAUUAGAGGGAAAUCGGUCGAUCAAACUGUUUCGUGAGGGCAUUUGAAGCUUCUUCUUUUUUCUUUUUUUUUGUUUGCCAGAGUCCGGUGCGUCAACCCGAGGUUUGAUGUCACCUGCACUACUGACCAGGAGAACAGAUCUGUCACUGGAGUGCAUAGGCUGCCGCCGCGCAACUGAUCGUGCUACCUUCAAAGUUCCCUGCGAGGAGGAUUGCGUUUCCCAAAUUCGUCACAAUUACUGACCACUUUGAGUACCUUUCAUUUUAGUCUCCAAAUGCUCGAGCGGUCAGAUUCUGCGGGGAAAAUGGACGGCUUCAGGAGAGUCGCCUUUCGCAGGAAACAACAAAGUCUGGAUCAUACGGAGCGAAUUGAAGCAGAGAAGAAAGGCAAAGCGGCCUGUUGCAAAACCAAGAGCGCCGGGGACGAGGCCUGUGUGGCGGUGAAAAUCGAACAGUCCACUGCUCUAGGCAGCAGCCCGGCUUGUGAACGCAGCGUCGCCCCCAGCGUACAGGCUUGUCUGAAUCGGGCAGCCAGAGGGACGCAUGACAGGAGCAAGGGGUUGGUCAAUGGAAGCGCCUCUAGCGGCAGGUCUCCGCUGCAGUCUAAACCGCAAGUUCCACCGAAGCCGCCACACCUCCAGAGCCCAGUGACGGAGCUCUCGUCCCCACUUGGCAACAACCAAAGGAAACCACUCAGACUCGCGAUGGAGGAGGGGGGAGGAGACGCGGGUAGAGGAGGAAAAACGGGGCCCAAGAACUGGGAGAGAAACCGGGAUCCGCACUCCAAAGUCUCAGACCUGAUCAGCAAGUUUGAGGGAAGCAGCAACGCAGAGAACAAGAGAGACAGUUCGCCGCUCAAACACAUCAGCAAGGCUUCCAACGGCAACGGCAGCCCAGCUCACCGCGCCUGCCAGAAGCCAACGGAGGAGAGCAGGGCUGAGGAGAACCACCAAUCCGCUGAGCCGGCUGCAGCGCAGGAUGCCCACAAACCAGCAGCUAACGGGACGCUAGUGCAGAUGGAGAAGGACAAGGAGAAAGAGGACCAAGACGAGAAGGACCAUGAGAUUGUGACGGUGGAGCCUGCCAAGCUGGUGAACGGGGAUAUGGGCAGCGAAGAGCAAAGCGAUGAUCUUUCACCUCCGCAUACGGACAGGACUGAUACUGAGAACGAGGAUGAUGAAGCUAAACCAGAAAGUGAACACAAAAGUGAAGAAGGGAGCGCAGAUCAUAAGCCCCCGGAGACAAAUGAACAGAAGCUGUUUAAUAUCGCCAGCGAGCUCUUGCACACAGAGAAGGCUUACGUAGCGCGGCUCAACCUGCUCGACCAGGUGUUCUGUGCGAAGCUUAUGGAGGAGGCGAAUAAAGGAACGUUCCCCGUGGAUGUGGUGAAGAACAUCUUCUCCAACAUCUCCUCCAUCCACGCCUUCCACAGCCAGUUUCUCCUUCCAGACUUGGAGAAGCGCAUGGGAGAAUGGGCGUCUACACCUCGCAUCGGAGACAUCCUGCAGAAGCUCACACCCUUCCUCAAAAUGUACGCCGAGUACGUGAAGAAUUUCGACAAGGCCAUGGAGCUGCUGAAGCAGUGGACCGACCGUUCCCCUCCGUUCAAGGCCAUAAUUCAAGAGAUACAGAGUCAAGAGGUCUGCGGCAGUCUAACGCUUCAGCAUCACAUGUUGGAGCCGGUGCAGAGAGUCCCUCGAUAUGAGAUGCUGCUUAAAGACUACCUGAAGAAGCUACCUGAGGAUGAUCCAGACCGACGAGAUUCAGAAAAAUCACUAGAAAUCAUUGCCACAGCUGCUACUCACUCCAACAGUGCCAUAAGAAAAUCGGACAAUCUAAAGAAACUGAUGGAGAUAUACGAGAUGCUGGGUGAGGAAGAGGACAUCGUAAACCCCUCUAACGAGUUCAUCAAAGAGGGCCACAUCCUGAAGCUGGCAGCCAGGAACACCUCAGCCAUGGAGCGAUACCUCUUCCUGUUUAACAACAUGCUUCUGUACUGCGUGCCCAAAUUCAGCCUGGGAGGGCCUAAGUACACGGUAAGGACACGAAUCGGCAUCGACGGCAUGAAGGUCCUGGAAACGACCAACGAGGACUACCCUCAUACCUUCCAAGUGUCAGGCAAGGAGAGGACGUUGGAGCUCCAGGCCAGCUCAGAGCAAGACAAGGCCGGCUGGAUUAAGGCUUUCCGGGAGACCAUUGAGAUCUUCCAGCAAAAAAACGAGUCGUUCAAGAAUGCGCUGAAAGACGUGGAGGAGGUGUCGAAAGCUGAGCUGGGGAAGCGCGCCCCUCGUUGGAUCCGCGACAAUGAAGUGACGAUGUGCAUGAAGUGCCAGGAGUCUUUCAACGCUCUGACACGGCGAAGACACCACUGCCGAGCCUGCGGUUAUGUGGUGUGCUGGAAAUGCUCAGACAACAAGGCGGCGCUUGAAUAUGACGGCAACAAGAUGAACAAAGUGUGCAAAGACUGCUUCAGUAUCCUGACAGGGGAGGGGAAAACUGAGGGCAAGAAGAAGGGCAUCCUCGAGAUCGAGGCCGGUCAGUUCGCAGACAGCAGCAUCAUGUGCGGCUUCCUGCAGUACUCCGAGAAGAGCAAACUCUGGCAGAAGGUUUGGUGUGUCAUCCCCGAAAAGGAGGGCAUGGUGCUCUAUCUCUACGGAGCUCCGCAGGACGUGAAGGCCCAGUGCACCAUCCCCCUGCUGGGUUAUUCUGUGGAUGACAGCUCGCGACCCGCUGACCCUCCGGCCAGCUUCCGCCUCUCCCAGUCCAAGUCCGUCCACAACUUCGCCGCUGAAAGCGAGGAGCUUAAGCAGCGCUGGCUGAAAGUGAUUCGAGUGGCAGUGACGGGAGAGAUGCCAGAGUGCCCUCACACCAACGGCAGCAACACAAGCACGUUGGACAACAGCAGCACACAAGAAGCCAGUACUGAUAGCUCAUAAUGGCGUCCUCUCUACAAACUUGCUGUCGGACUUUUCUACACGCGAACUGCUGUUGCUGUUUUGAGAGGGAGAGACACGAGACGUGCAGAUGUGCACUGCAUGCACAAACCACAGACUCUCCAUUCUUGUCCUUGAAUCCGAAUCUUAAAAAGACAAAAGUGGAGAAAUAAGUGCUGGAUAAGCUGCCUUUUCCUUGUUUUUCCCCUCCCGUUUCUCACUUUAUGCCUGGAUUUUCUUCACUGCUAAAGCUGUGCUGGAUUACUAACGGACACUCCUGGUACAAUCAACACUAGAGGAGCGGGGCCUCAGGAUACAUGACCCUCCCUCAAACAGGCACUAUUAAGGACAGCUCAAACUCACUCUCUAUGGACCUGAGCCAGUGGACUACCGCAGACUUACAAACCCCCCUGUUGAGGAUGCAAAGCAAAAGGGCCAAACUAAGUCUGCUGGUGCUGCAACUCUCUUUAACUGUACAGUAUAAAUGUUUUGUUUUUGUUUCUCCGGAAAGGAACAGUUGUGUUUUUAAUGUACAGAAAUUAGUCAAGAAAAAACUUUGUUUCUAUAAAAAUAGAAAAAAAAAUAAGUAUGAUAUAAAGUAUUUACAUAAUUCCCCCUUUGUCUUUGCUUGAGAAGAUGGUUACAAAACUGUAAUAAUGAUCAUGUGGUCAGAUAAUGAUGAUCUCAUCUCUACUGUAAAAUGCAACACAUCAAAAAAGUCAAAAUUUGUGAAUCAAUUUGGUGCGGAGUUUCACCUCCAGCGCAUCGGCUCCACUCAUUAACUUGCAAAACUGCCCACAAAGGCCAUCAGAGUUAAUGACAAAGCUUCGGAGGAUUUACUUUCUCAGAGUCAGCAAAAUACAGUUCAGUUCCCACAAUGCAACGCAGCUCAAAUGUCUGUGUCUGUUAAAUCUCUUUCAAAGCCCCAUUUUAUUAAUGGGGUAAAUAUUUCAAGCCUAACUCAGGAGUUUCCUGACGGCCACAUAAUAUUAUCAGGCUUCAGAUACUUGAAACUAAAUAUAGCAAAAAAAAAAAAAAAACUAUAUAGAAAGGAAACAAACCCUGCGACAUGCACAGUUCUUUUUAUGUCUUGCGAACCAAAUUCUUAAUGCUCGUCACAAUUCAGUUCACAGGGAGAGAUGGGGUCAUCGUCAUCUUUCUUCGUUUAGAUGCGGCACAAUCAGACAAAGCAAGCCAGUGCGACAAAUGUAAAUGUGUUUCUAAUGCUGUAAUUAAUUUUAUUAUUUAAAAGUAAUUUAUAGAGUAUGACAAGCAUGAUUUGUUAAACGUAGCACAAACUCAUCCCCUCGCUGUCAGCUAAGAAGUGCUUUAGGUAGAUCCUAUUUUUGUUGUUUCCACUAACCACGCGACCGGUCCACUUACAGGAUGGACUGGGGUGGGGGAGGGGGGGGAAAUGUGCCUAUAUUUUCCACAAUGAUUUGAGUUUCUUCAUUCCCGUGGUCCUGUGCGCAGAGUUUCUCCUGCGCUCAAUGCUGGUGCUCACCUUUCUGAAGUCCCUCAGUAUUCAAAUAAAAAACAACAAACAAAAAAAAAAACUGAGCACAAAACUUCUGUUAGAUCUGAAUGUUUAUCCGGAUUUUUAUGUCAUCUCGUCCCCUUCCUAAAGGACAGAGAAUCUACGCACUUUACAGUCUAAAAAGUGUACCUUCGAAGAAAAUAAAAUUACGUUAAACGGA